AUGGCAAUAAGCUUCUUUGAUCAAUUUGCAAGCCCCUCAUACCUAGGAAUUCCGCUAAUUGCCAUUGCAAUUGCACUUCCCUGAGUAAUGUACCCAACCCCUUCAACUCGAUGAAUUAAUAACCGCCUAAUUACUAUUCAAGGCUGACUAAUUAAUCGCUUCACGAAUCAACUUAUAUUACCUCUGAACCCAGGCGGGCACAAAUGGGCCCUAUUAUUUACCUCUCUUAUGAUUUUUUUAAUCACAAUCAAUAUGCUCGGACUCUUACCUUAUACUUUUACCCCUACAACACAACUGUCCCUAAAUAUAGGAUUUGCAGUUCCACUAUGACUCGCCACAGUUAUUAUUGGUAUACGUAAUCAACCAACAGUUGCACUAGGUCACCUCCUCCCAGAAGGAACCCCUAUCCCCCUGAUUCCCGUAUUAAUUAUUAUUGAAACAAUUAGCCUAUUUAUCCGCCCCCUAGCCCUGGGUGUCCGACUCACGGCUAAUCUAACCGCUGGGCAUCUAUUAAUUCAACUAAUCGCCACCGCCGUAUUUGUUCUUCUCCCAAUAAUGCCCACAGUAGCUAUUUUAACCGCCACCGUUUUAUUUCUAUUAACCCUUCUAGAAGUAGCCGUAGCUAUGAUUCAGGCAUACGUAUUUGUCCUUCUCCUAAGUCUAUACCUCCAAGAGAACGUUUAA